AUGGCUGAGAAACCUUCCUCUGGUUGGGUUAAUAUGCGCCGCCGCAAACCCUCUGCAAACCCUAGAUCGGCGCCGCCCCCUUCUUCUUGCUCUCCGUCGUCUGUCGAUUUUCGCCAUCCCUCUGCAAACCCUAGAUCGGCGCCGCCCCCUUCUUCUUGCUCUCCGUCGUCUGUCGAUUUUCGCCAACCCUCUGCAAACCCUAGAUCGGCGCCGCCCCCUUCUUCUUGCUCUCCGUCGUCUGUCGAUUUUCGCCAACCCUCUGCAAACCCUAGAUCGGCGCCGCCUCCUUCUUGCUCUCCGUCGUCUGUCGAUUUUCGCCAACCCUCUGCAAACCCUAGAUCGGCGCCUACCCCUUCUUCUAGUGAAGCCUCUUCACUUGCUCUCGUCCCCAGCCACCCCCCCACGGUUGUGAUGUGUCUGAGCUGUGGGGGACGCGGCGGCUACCGGCCGGAAAAUGCUCGCUCGGCGGCAGAUGCAGAGCUGGAGAUGGCGAGGAAGUCACUGGUGGAGGCGAGGGAUGCGUUGAUGGCCACGAUUCCGAACUCGGCGGCGUAUGCAGAGCUAGAGAAGGAGAAGCAGGCACUAGAUAAGGAGUGUGAUGAGUGGAUUGCUUCGAUGGCAGAGUGGAAGAAGGAAUUCAUGGUCAAUGAUGAAGAUGCUUCUGAGACUCAGUCGCCGACUCAAAAUGCUUGGAGAUGUGGUGAGAUCUUUCUGAUUUUUGUAUUGCUGUUGGUUGAUGGUAAUGGCUGUUGGUGUCUUUCUGUUGAUUUGUGGUAUUGCUGUUGA